UUUUAGAGAGAGAGAGGAUCUGGUUAUACAGCUUGGGGUUUAGAGAGAGAGGCAAGUUGAGCAGAAAGGAGAGUGCUCGUCCAUUUGUUCUCUCUCUAAAAAACCUCCUCUUUCUCUCUUUACAAAAGCCAGAAGCCGUACUCUCUUUUAUCAACCAAAAACAAGAAGAGAUGGCGGGUAGAGGAAAGGCCAUCAGAUCAGGAGGCUCUAGAAAGGAGACAUCUAGGAGGAGCAAAGCUGGUCUCCAAUUUUCGGUGGGUCGAAUUGCUCGAUUUUUUAAGGCAUGGAAAUAUGCAGCGAGGGUUGGUGCUGGUGCUCCUGUUUAUCUUGGUGCUGUUCUUGAGUAUCUUGCUGCGGAGGUGUUGGAACUUGCCGGAAAUGCAACUCGUGAUAACAAGAAGUUAAUAAUUGUUCCGAGGCACAUCCAACUUGCAGUGAGAAACAAUGAGGAGUUGAGCAGGUUGCUUGGGACUGUCACCAUUGCCAAUUGUGGGGUUUUGCCCAAGAAAAGAGCACCCAGCACUGGUUCGAAGGCAUCGGCUGAAGAGUAGAGAUAAUGACGUCUCCUCUAAUUUAGGAUAUUGCUUUUAUUGUUUUUACGGUUUUGUUUUUUUGUUGGGCACCUGUACUGUACAUGCCCUGUAAGAACCGAUGCUUAGCCUUGUUGGGUUCUUUGGAUAAUCAUUUGUUAAUGGAAUAUGUGAUUUUUUAUUAAAAAAGAAAAGAAAAGAGAGUGCUUUCUAGAGAGAGAUGCAAACUGUGCCGAAUGUGGGUUUUAGAGAAGAAAGGGAUGGAAACACAUGCAAUUGGGUCGAAUCAAGGGGCAUAUCGAGAGAGGAAUCAGGAACGGAUUGAGAGAGAGAGAGAGGGGGGUAGACGUUGCAAUUGUAUGGGUAUUUUAGUAAGAGAGAAGAAGAAAGCUAUGGUUUUGGAGAGAGAAACCUGAAACUUCUGGUAAAGAAAAAACGAGGUUUAGAGAGAAGUUGAAAAAAAGAUGAAAUCAAGAGAGAUGCA